AUGGCCGUCUCACCUCUUGUCGAGUACCCCAUUGAUGCACUGCACCCCUCGAGACCAGCUUCAUCGCCGCUUAAAAGGCAAGGGUCGGCUGUUCCCUCUUCAAAUGGCACCCCUCGUCCAGGCCGCCCCGCCGCACACCUUGUUCAGGUUCCUACCACCCUCGAUCUUGCAGAACAAAUGAACGAGGAAGAGAAGAGGAAAUACGUCAAAGGCAAGAAGCUCGGUGAGGGAACCUACGCGAACGUCUACCUCGGCCACGCGCGGCACGACCCCAGCGUCCUGGUCGCCAUCAAGAAGAUCAAGGUACAAAAGGAAUACCGCGACGGGCUGGCUCCGGACGCGGUCCGCGAGCUCAAGCACCUGCAGGAGCUGCAUCACCCCAACAUCAUCUCGCUGCUGUCCGUCUUCAGCUCCAAGGACCAGAACAUCAACCUGGUGCUCGAGUUCCUGCCCCUGGGCGACCUGGAGAUGCUGAUCCGCGACACGGACCGCGUGCGCUACGGCGCCCCGGACAUCAAGGCCUGGAUGGGCAUGCUCGCGCGGGCCGUCUGGUUCUGCCACGACAACUUCGUCCUGCACCGCGACAUCAAGCCCAACAACCUGCUCAUCGCCGCCGACGGCGAGGUCAAGCUCGCCGACUUCGGCCUGGCCCGCAGCUUCUCGGACCCCUACGCCCGCAUGACCGCCAACGUCAUCACCCGCUGGUACCGCCCGCCGGAGCUGCUCUUCGGCGCCCGCCACUACUCGGGCGCCGUCGACGUCUGGUCCGUCGGCCUCGUCUUCGCCGAGCUCAUCAUCCGCAGCCCCUACCUGCCGGGCAACAGCGAGCUGGACCAGAUCGCCCUCAUCAGCCGCCAGAUCGGCACCCCGACCGAGGAGGUCUGGCCGGGCGUCACCUCCCUGCCGGCCUACACGCCGCCCGCCGCCGGCGAGGCAACCCCUGUCUGGGGCAAGGAGGCCUACAUGGGCCGCUUCGGCGCCGUCGGGCCCGAGGGCGUCGACCUGCUGGUCCGCACCCUCGCCCUCGACCCCCGCAAGCGCAUCACAGCGCGGGGCAUGCUCGAGCACAGGUGGUGGAGGAGCGAGCCCCGCCCCACCCGCAAGGAGGACCUGCCCCGCAAGUCGGCCGGCGAGGGCGAGGACAGGAUCGGCGCCGACCUCAAGAGGCGGCCCGGACAGCUCGACGAAGACCGGGGCUCAAAGGUCGCGAGGAAGUUGGACUUUGGGGCCGCGAAGUGA